GCUCGAGUCCUUCCUCCACUGGGCUGCCCGGCGCUCCUCACUGCCCUGCAUGGGAAGAGCGCAGAAGGAGCGCCGGGCAGCCCAGCGCGCCGAUGCGCGCGAGGCCAGCGUUGCGGCGGUGCUCGCCGCGGCGCCGGCCCCGCCCCUGCGCGCGCCCUUGCCCCCCGGGGCGUUGCCCCGGCCGGCGGCGCCCGCACCGCCGCUAGCGCCGGCGCGGAUGCCGCGGAGCAGGAGCCCGCCCUUCGUGGCGUUCCGGCUUGACGGGAAAGGCAAGGGAGAAAGCAAGGGCUCCGACGGCAAGGGCGACGACGGCAAAGGGGGAGGCAAGGGCUUCGACGGCAACGGCGCCGACGGCAAGAGCUGCGACGCCAAGGGCAGAGCCGGGCCCGGAGCUGACGGGAAAGGCAAGAAGGAAGGCAAGGACUCCAACAACAAGGGCCCCGACGGCAAGGGAGGAGGCAAGAGCUCCGACGGCAAGGGCAAGCCUCGGCUGCUGACGCCGGCGGAAGCAGGCGACCGCGCAGUCCAGGCGGCGAACAAGAAAGCGUCCGACUUUGAGUAUGGGCGCCUCUUGAGCGUGGGGGAGCCUUUCAAGAGUAGGGCGGGCAAGACUUUGGUGAAGGUGGAGCUGCGGG